AUUCAAAAUUCCAAUAUGGCCGGCGAAACUAUAAAUUCGAAAAGUUCAACUGUUUUGGAGACACUGAGAGAAGAUAGUAAGUUUUUUGUAUUGUUUUUUGUACAAACAGUUAUUACGUACACUUUGUAAAUUUUGUUUAAAAAUAUUGCAAAUAACUAGAGCUACAUUUAGAAGUAUCCAGUUCCCUACGGAGCAGUCUGGAAAGUGAAUUUUUGUUUGUCGGUCCGUAAAUUCUGAAGCUUUAGUCUAGUGUAUGCUAGCUCAGAAAGUUGCUCUAAACAUGUGCACACCAACUGGGACGACACCAAACCCACCCUGACCCCCACACCCUUUCACCAGACCCACUAUUCACAACCCCAUCCUCUUCCCUCCACCCCACCUACUGUUUCCAAAUCUUCACCAUUCAAACCAACAUAACUAACCCCACCCAUGUUACACCAUAUCCCCAUUCUACAGUCCCCACCAACAUUCUACCCAUCCUCGUCCAUACCAUCUUUAUUACACCAACCAAAAUAUUCCUGGUAACUCCCCCCAACCUAUCAUUUUCACUCGCACUCUCUCAUUACCAAACUCGCUAUCCCCCCCCCCCUCUCGUCCUGCAUAGUUUCAACGUCACCACUCUACUUCCUCAGUGCUCCCCCAUUAUUGCCUUUCAAUCAUCACCAUGAUUGUCCAAACCCACUCUCAACUACUCCCACCCCACCCAAACUACCCCCACUCUCAACUACCCCCACCCCACCCAGACUAAUCCCAAACACCUAACAUCACAACCCAUUUUCAUCCUUACGAGACUUUACUCAAUAUUUCAGCAACAUUUGAAAAAUUUCUUGAGAAAGAUUUUGAUGCCAAAGGUUAUGCUAACAAUGUGAUUCAAAGUCGUGCAAUUGGAGAAUGUUUGGAAAAGUUGGCAGAUGGCGUACGACUGUUGGAUAAGGAAUUACAUUCUCAGGUAAUUAUCCUUGAUUAUCAAUCAGCUCUAAACUUUCCUAGAGGUCCAGGAAGUCCUGGGAAAACCUGCAAUGUUUGGUAGAGUAAACUGGAAGCACUCUACACAUUAAAAUAUAAAACAACGGUAACUCCGAAAAUAAACAUUUUAAUAUUCUAGCUUUCGACUAAGAUUCGGUCAUCAUCAGGAAUGAUGCUAAGUUACAUUACAUUGAUAUAUAAUAGGUAAUGUAACCUAGCAUCAUUCCUGAUGAUGACUGAAUCUUAGUCGAAAGCUAGAAUAUUAUUAUAUUAAAAUGUUUAUUUUCGGAGUUACCGUUGUUUUAUAUUUUAUUAAAAUACUUAGUGGUUCCCGUAAUUUUCUACACAUUAAUUAUGGUUAAUAUAUUAAUACUUUGUGUUGUUGUUUAGGUUGUAACUAGGCAUGAAGACCUUUUGCAACAAGCAACUGGAAUUGAAACACUUGAAGGUAUUAUAAUUUGACAGAAUCUAGAGAUCUUUCCUAAUGUACCUUGUGAAAACAAGUCAUUUGACUCAUUUCCCUGUAUUUUGCAUACAGCUCAUUAUGACACCAUGUUGAAACAACGCAGUAAAGAAACAUUUUGCUGUUUUUUUAUCAUUCAAUUGCUUUAGGUGUUUUACAAAUGAUGACAUCAAGAAUCACUUCACUACAAUUAUCAAUUGAGAGGUUUGAAAUUAAACCAAAUUUCUUUGUCCAAUUUUAUUUUUCUUAACAAGUGUACUUUGCUAAUUAAUGUGGUUUCCAUGGCAAUUUUUAGGAUCCAUCAACAGAUAAGUGACCCUUAUGAAAAGAUUAGAACGCGAACAUCCCAACUUCGAAGACUACAGGUAUUCAUUCUUACACAGACACUAUUGAUUGAUACACCCCUAGGGCGGAUUUUCAUAUAUUUUAAAGGAGGGGUGGGGAAAUUUCUAGUGGGGUGCAUGCGGCACCACGGAGUGAGCUUCGGCAGGGGGUAGGCGUUAGGGUUAAACACUUUCAUAUAAAAUAGGAGGGGUGAAGCAAAAUUUUGGUGGGGUUGAACACUUUAUAAGAGGGGUUAGAGGGAUUUUAGGGGGUAUAACCCCUCUUAAACCCCCCUCCCCAGUAAAUCUGCCCAUGAUACACCCAGGGCCGUCACUAGGGGGAGUUGGGGGUGUGACACCUCCCAAAGAAACAUCUUGUCAGUAAAAUGAUCAGGAUUAUUAUUUUACUCUGUCUAACACCAGAUUAUUUUACUCUGUCUAAUGCCAGACAAUUUCACAUGUCAAGGGGAGAGUGCUUCCACUCAUUGGGUUAGGGAAAACUUAACUUAGGGAAGUGACAUGUUAAUCCAAUGAGUGGCAGCACUCUCCCCCUGACGAGUAAAAUUGUCUGGCGUUAGACAGAGUAAAAUAACAAAGUAGGGCGCAUCUGGGUGCAUUGCCAUUUAAAGGGUCAACAGGGAGUAUGGGCAGAUAGUCUGAUUAACCCAUUGAGUGGCAGCACUCUCCCCCUGAUGAGUAAAAUUGUCUCGCGUUAGACAGAGUAAAAUAACAAAGUAGGGCGCAUCUGGGUGCAUUGCCAUUUAAAGGGUCAACUCCCAGGGAGUAUGGGCAGAUAGUCUGAUUAACCCAUUGAGUGGCAGCACUCUCCCCCUGACGAGUAAAAUUGUCUGGUGUUAGACAGAGUAAAAUAACAAAAUAGGCCACAUCUGAGUGCAUUUCCAUGCACUAGCUUAAAGGUUAAACAACUGAUUAGCAGGAACAGCAAAGUAUGCUGCAAAGGCUGAACUUCACUCCUAUAUCCCACUCUACUUAAUUAAUAAAAAUCACGUAUCUCUGUCCAGACGACGUGCGACUUGCUAAGAAGAGUGAUCAGAAUAAGUUAUCUUACAAAACGUCUGGAAAGUCAACUCAAAGGAGGGGUAAAAGAAACUACUAAAGCAGCCCAAAGUCUUAACGAAUUAGGUAUGGUGUGAAUUGAACUGUGUUUUCUGUGAAAUUUUAUGUGUCAUGCAUGAUCUUUUCAUGCAAUGAAAAUUAUCACUAACCAAUCAGAGUUGAUGAAUUUAUUUUUCUGUUACUUUUGUGCGAAAAAAAAUUGCAAAUUGGAAAGUGGGUUUUAAUGUCUGUUGUCAUGUGUUUUUCUUAUAAAGGUUAUUUAAUGGAAGGUGUAGAUUUAAGUGGAAUUGAGGUAUGUUACUUGUGUGAAUUGACGGUAAAGUUAGUGGAGUUUUAGUGUAGUAGUUUACACAUGCUAUCUAGUUGCAAAUUUUGUUGCACUUAACGUUUUCCUUGUGCUUAUCUGCUGUAGGUUUUAGAUAAAGAUAUUGAUUGGAUAAAAAAUGCAAGGAAAGAAGUGACAUCACAAGCUCAAAAUAUGUUAACACAAGGCAUGGAAACACAGGUAUUAAAUGCCUUUGUGUAUUUAUUUCGUUAGUCGUGUCAUUCCAACAAAACGUUAAACGUUACGCCCAAAAUAUAUAUACGCUCCUUCUUUAUUCAUGCAUCCAGAACUUAGAACUCUUUACCAACUACACUAAGAUCUCCUGACAUUAAUAUUAGGCAAUUCAAAACUGAUUUACAAACUUACUACCUGACAGCCCUGAGAGAAUGCUUCGACGAAGAAGAUCCGAGGACAUGGAAGACUAUUUGUCUGAAGUGUAACACUAGUCGUUACUUACGUUCUGAACUAACUUAUUGUUUUUAGUCUCCUGUCCAUGUACUGUAUGUUAUAUGUCUUGUACUGUAUGUGUAUUUUUGUAUAGGGCCCACUGUAACAGGGUGCGAUAAUUCAAUAUUUUUGGCCGUACCUGACUGGUACUCCGACAACUUUUGCCGCGUACCUGAUCUGGUACAAACUUAAGAGUCAAGACGUACAGUACCUAAGACUACUUCCGAGUCAUGCGUUUUUAUACCUACGUAUAGUUUUAUAGCAAAAAAUGUAUGGGCAAUUUUGUACAAAUGAAUCUUUAAUUAUGGUAUUUGUACAACAUAAUAUAACAGUUCUCAAAGCGUCGACGUUGUGACUCGAAUGCCAUCGCUCAUUUACAGUGGAUUUACCGAGGGUGCUAACUGUCUGACCUCAGCUAGUUCAGCUACAUACAGUGGUGGCAGGUUGGCUAGUUAUUGCUAGAAGGGAAAUGUAAGUACGCGAAUAGUAAAUUUCCGCGUACCUACGUGGUACUUGGCUAAAAACAAAGAAGUACCAGACCAUAAAUUUGGCGUACCUCCGGUACGUUGGUACGCGAAUUAUCGCACCCUGUGUAAUUGGUUUACACUGUUGUGGUGUCCCUGCCAUUUUUGUCCAUGUUUAUUGUCUAGAUGUCUAUUUGCUGUUCUGUUAAGUGUUUUUGGCAAAGUUUAAUAAAUAAAUAAAUAAAUAAAUAUAGUGCACCUGAAAAAAACCAGGGCUAUUUGAAAGCAUUUCUUUGUCAAAGUAAAUACAGGACUUUCAAAAAAGUAGCUUGCUUUGCUUCUUAAGGUCGAUUUACACUACAACUUUUGCGUAAACAACUUUUGCGUAAAAUUGUCGCAUGCAACCUGCUUACAACUUGAGUUGUACUGUGUAAAUCAAGCACACAACUCGUCUACGUUGUCAUGGGUGAGUUGUUUGCUUGAUAUACACAGUGCAACAAGUUGUAAGUAGGGUUGUAUGUAAGUUUUAGGUAAAAGCUGUGUAGUGUAAAUCGACUUUUAGUGGCUUAUAUAAUGGUCUGGACAGGCCCGUCUUUUCUGUAAGGUCUGCUCGUUGUUUUCCUCUGGGCAAGCCACUGGGAUUGAUGAUGGUAUACGUACUGCAUUCCUAUAGGCUUUCAACGUAAAAGUUCAACCAUCAGAUUUAUUUUCUAUUCUCUAGAAUCAAACCCAAGUGGCGACAGCACUUCAGGUGUUCCACAAUCUGGGAUCUUUACAACAGACGGUGGAAACAUACGUUCAAUCUCUGAGAGAAGACCUCAAGUCCACGAUUGCUAACACUCUGGAUAUUCAGAAUUUGAUGUACGCCCAAAAUAGUAAGUAUGUUUCUAGUGACUGGAUGAGAUCUUGAGUUUUUCUUUUUCUGGCGAUAUUCACUCAGGUGAAGAUAUAUGUUUGUGAUGUUGUCUUGGAGUGUGUCAACACCGGACAAGCUGAGAAGUUUGCGGGUUCGAUUCCCACUGCUGUCAAGCAAACUAUCAAAGUUUCAGUUACAAAUACAGUUUUGUGAGAGUUGUUGACAUAGUGGUCAGUACAGUGUGUGAUAAUUCCCGUACUUACGUACGUCUUACGUACUGGAGGUACUCCAAUAGAGAUAUUCGCAGGGCCGUAGGUUCAAUUCCUACCAGAGGACCUUGUGCUGCAUUUUUCGCAGUCGUUCCUGGUUAGGUCUUAAAAUGUAUAUAUUUUCACUUGGAUUACAAACCCUAACAUUCUAAUAUUAAUUCCACCAAGUGAAGUGCAAGAAUCCAAAUCAUUGAACUCCAAUAGAGAGGUUAGGGGUAGGUUUACCGCUACCAUCAGGUUUAACAUACAUGUGUGCUUUUUUCACAUAGCUAACUCGGCUCCAGGUCGUGCCGCGAUACCCGCCCCAGGAAAUACGGCCAUGUGGAGAGCAACUCUGUGGACUGGGAUGGAGAAACUUAUGGAUAAAAUUUACAGUUGUUGUGGAAAGGUAACUGUUUGUUUAAUUGACUGACUGUCUGUCUGUUUGUUUGUUUGUUUGUUUGUUUGCUUGCUUGCUUGCUUGUUUGUUUGUUUGUUUGUUUGUUUGUUUGUUUGUUUGUUUGUUUGUUUGUUUGUUUGUUUGUUUGUUUGUUUGUUUGUUUGUUUGUUUGUUUGUUUGUUUGUUUGUAUGCUUGUUUGUUUGUUUGUAUGCUUGUUUGUUUGUUUGUAUGCUUGUUUGUUUGUUUGUAUGCUUGUAUGCUUGUAUGCUUGUAUGCUUGUAUGCUUGUAUGCUUGUAUGCUUGUAUGCUUGUAUGCUUGUUUGUAUGUUGAGUGAAGAUAUCAUCUGGUUGAGAAAUCAGUGUUGCAUUGAACUGCGUUUAUCCAGGACAACUCUAACUCAUGGGAUUAUCGCAGGUCAAUGGGUUUUUCAGUUUGUACAUUCAUUCCAGGUUCAUCAUGUUCUCAAAGUUUUGUCGAAGAAGAGAGACCCAGUGACUCAUGUCUGUUUUAUGCAAGAAAUUUUAAAGGAAAACAAGAAAAGUGGAAUUUUAACGUUUUGGGAAUCAAUCACGAUUACGUUACGAGAAGAGUUUACUGGCGCGGCUCAAAGUAAGGAUUUAUAACGGUGCUUAACCUGUUGGCAAAAUAAACUAAAUCUCUCUUUUAUUUAUUGGCAACCAAACACAAGACUACUACAACUGCAUAUAUUAUUAUUAUUUUCUCACUCUCGGGUCCACAAAACACACUGUUUCCCUCGGUCUCAGUAAAUAAGUGAUAAAUAUUUUUUUCAUAUCUUCAAGCCACCGUGUAAUGUUCUGUUGAUUAUAUAGUCCCAAGCAAAAAAUUGUGAAAUUUCACGCUCAAAAGUGUGUAUUUUUCAGUAUCUCAUUCUCUACUGUAUAAUAAAUACAUAUACUAAUAGAGUGUAAGCUGAUUUAGGUAUAUCUGAUUAAAGAUUUGCUGUACGAUAGUGCUUGGCGAAACCUAACUAUUACAUCUCACAAUUUUUUAGAGUCACCAUUUCUGAAACAAGCAUUUGAAGGCGAAUAUCCCAAGUUACUCCGCUUGUACAAUGAACUGUGGACUCGUCUUCAGCAGUUUGUAAACACAGGCAACCCAAGUAAUGUCUACACUGGUGGCGUGGCUGAUGUCGUUUAUGGUCUCUUUCAUUUAUACCAAGAUACUCACACAAGGUUUGUUUACUUUUUAAUCUUAUUCAAUCUGUCUUUUACCUUUAUGAAUGGAAUUCAGUUCUGAUAGAGCUAUCCAGUAUAAAUAAAGUUAGUUUAGUUUAGGUUUCCUUUUGUAGUAACACUGGAUCAAUGAGAGAUGAUCCUUACUGGACCUCCAGGAAGAACAGUUUAGAACUGAUAGAGUUAUCCAGUAUAAAUAAAGUUAGUUUAGUUUAGGUUUCGUUCUGUAGUAACACUGGAACAAUAAGAGAUGAUCCUUACUGGACCUCUAGGGAGAACAGUUUAGAAUUUAUAGAACUAUCCAGUGUAAAUAAAGUUAGUUUAGUUUAUGUUACCUCCAACACCGAAUUAAUCUAAUUAACUUAAUUCUUCGUUUAGUCCGGAGGAUUUUCUCAAGAAUUCAUUGUCUGGUUUCGAAAACGCUUAUCUUUCCCGAUCUCUUUCGCGUCUUUUUGAUCCGAUCAACCUGGUGUUUCCAGCUGGGGCCCAGGCCCCUCCAUCAAGAGACGAGGUGGCGGGAAUUGUAAAGACGAUCGCAAGGUAUUGUGGGAGCUUUUAUGAUGAAUUAUAGUAGUUUGUUGAUAAUCUUUUCUGCUCUCUAAUGUGUCAGAAUUAGUAUGAAAAUAGUUUUCAUAUUUCUAAGUAUCGUUCUGUAGUAGCCACAUGCCAAGAGAAAAUCCUUCUCGAAAAACACAAUUUGACUCGUUGAUCUUGCGUUGUGUUGCACUUCCACUGUAUUUAACUUUCAUGCAACUCUUGUUUUCUUUGAGUAUUACAUUGUAGCCGCUCAUGCAAACUCUUGAAACUCUUCUUUACCAAAUCUCGUAGACUUUCUCUCUUAACAAACAUUAUUUCUAUUUUGUUCUUUUUAUCUUUAGUGAACUAAAUGUUGCGAAUGUGGAUGCAAGUUUGAGCGUUUCUGUCUCUCGCAACGUUGAGAAGACAAUCCAGUUAUAUACAGCCAAGUCAGAGCAGCUGGUAUGUAGAUUUUUCAUUCGACCCAACAGAUUCCAUCUAGUACUUAAAAAAUGAGAUCAAAGUGGGUAUCUGACUGAGAGUGGUUUUUACAUCAGCUUGCACCAUAGUCUUAGAAAAUUAUGCUUGUGAUGUUACUCUGAGUGUAUAUCCACACGGGGCAAGCUUGAAAAAUAUGCCUGGCCACGGUGGGAAUCGAACCUACGACCUUUGGAAUACUAGCCCAAUGCUCUGCCAACUGAGCUGCGCGAUCAGGUCGGUUCGAGUAUGAGAUAUUUCGGAACUGAGUCUAGUUCCUUCGAUAUCGAUAUAAUCUAAUAAUCAUGAUUUUUUUCUUUGUUGGUGUAAUGUACUCAGGUGAAUAUGAUGUUUGUGAUGUUACUCUGAGUGUAUAUCCACACCGGGCAAGCUUAUUUUUCAUGCUUGUCCGGUGUGGAUAUAUACUCAGAGUAACAUCACAAGCAUCAUAUUCACCUGAGUACAUUACACCAACACAGAAAAAAUCAUUCUUUAGGGCUGCAAAUUACAUCGGACAAUGUCCGACUAAAUUUGGCAAAUGUCCGAGCAAAAAUAAUUUUGAUCGGACAUUGGUCCGAUCACAUAAAAAAUUGUCACAUUAUACAUUUUUUUUGUUGUGACAAAAUCCGAUUGCAAAUUCACUCAAUUUGCAUUUGCAAUAAAAUUUACGAGGCGUUCUAGCAUUUACUUUUACUUAACGUUGCGCCGGAAUGCCAUACAUACUUGUCUCGUGACUUAUAUAUAUCUUGUGACGUAUAUAUGUCCGACCAAAUUUAGUGAUGUUGGUUUUUGUCCGACCAAAUUCAAGUUAUGUCCGACCAAAAUUAAAAGUGAUCGGACAAAUGUCCUGUCAGGUCAAAUAUUUAUUUGCAACCCUGUUCUUAGAGAAUGUCCUGCAGCGCCAGAGGCACCGCUAUCAGGAAAUUUUUCACAAAAUAUCUUCGCAGGAAAUUCUCUAACACCUUGCAGGAAUUCUCUAACACCUUUUUCUUCUAAGUGGAAACACUUGCAAGCAUGAUCCAAUAAAAAAGUUUAGGGUCGGGAUUUCGACGUCCAAAAGCUACGUAGGGCCGGGAAACCGGAAACCCACAUUUUUUUGCCUAAUUCAGUAUUUAGGAAGCUCCACUCAACGAAGUGUUUUUCAGGGAGGUCCUGUAAUAUAUCUAUAUUAUACAUGGUAAACUAUACUAUGCUUAUUUAAAAACUAUAAAAUAUUUCUCUAGCUUGUAACGAGUGCUGAUGCAUAUCAAGUAGAGAUGGAUAUCAGUGGAGCCCAACAGAAAAAUUCCGUUAUUGUAAACAUGUUGUAUGAAAUGCACCAGGCCACUACUAAGGUAUGUCGAAUCUUGUGGAAGUAAACCAUAUGCGGAUUGAGAGAGAUGUAAAUAUCUGAAAAGUACAAGCGAAGACCUUUCGUCGUGAAAUUUGUAGCGGGACUUUAAGAAUAGAGAGUUUAAGCUUCGCAUUAUAUGGCAAACGCCAGGCAAAGAAAAAUUAUACGGUAUCAGGCAAUAAAAAGCUAGAGUAAAUAAACUUGCUGUUUCAAAAACUGAAAUACAUAAUUAUUCUUUCGACCAAGAAAGAAAGUAUGAAACGAAAACGUUUAACGAAAAUUUUGCCAAGAAAGUUCGAACCUGCCGUUCCCGGAAACGUGAAGCUUAAAUUGCCUAUUGACGUUUACGGCAAACCGCUAACCACAAACUUCAAAUCAAUUUUGAAAGUAAGGCCUACAGUUUCGACAGCUAAAAGUAGCUAAUUCAUGCUCCAAUUUUAGUGCACAAAUUGCCCUAACUUUGUACAGGUAACAGUUGACUUCAAAUUGCGAUUUGAAGUUUGCCGUUUGCCGUAAACGGCGUCAAUCUUAAAGUCCCUAUAUAGUCGCUUCGAAACGUCGAAGGUCUUCUUUCACGGAUGGAUUUACUGGGGGCGGGGGUGCGCACCCCACCUAGCCCUGGCCAGAGGGGGUGCAGGGGGUGCUCUUUUUCAUGAUAUAGCAAAAAAACGUUGGAGACAAAAUGAGAUACAGUAAUUUGAGUAAUAACAUGACGAUAAGCGAACAGUGAACAACAAUUCAAAUUCAAAUACAGUAGUCCAGCAAGACUCUGCAGUAGUCAAGCAAGUUGAUGGGCGGGCGGCACACAUGACCGACACAACUCGGCACCAGAGCUGGCAGACCCCCCCUACCAUGCAGAUCAUGCUGGAUCCAUCCCUGUCUUCUUUUAUUUUUCAGGUAGUCGUAUUUCUUUCAAUCCAGUCAGUCUGUCUGUCCAUUUAUCAAUGCCAAUGGGCAAUUCCAGCUAUAGACUAAAUUUUGAUCUAGGCGAGAAGAACAAAAUCCAUCACCACAGCUAGAAAGAGCAUGUUAAAAUUAGUAAAAUUGCAAAGUUUGGUUGCGAAAUGUUGUAAAAUGCGGAAAAUAUAGUUAAUUUGUGUUAAUUUGUAUUACGCGCGGGAAAAUGCACCACAUUUGGGCCGAAAGUGGUGCAAAUUUCCGUGGUAAUACAAAUUAACACAAAAUUUGCAAAUUUCGUAGGGUUAUAUUUUCCUCAUUGUACAACAUUUCGCAACCAAACUUUGCAAUUUUACUCAUUCUAAGACGCUCUUUCUAGCUGCAUGUGGUGAUGGAUUUUUUUCUUCUUGCCGAGAUCAAAAUUUAGUGUGCAGCUGGAAUCAUUCAUUUAUCUAUCUCAUCUAACCGUGUUAUUGCAUUUCAGAUACUAGGAAAUAUAUCUUUCCCGAAGCAUGCCAAGGAGGCAAUCUCAAUAGCUCUCAAGGUAUUGUCAAGUGUACCUUGUAUUUGUUAUCAAACCGAUCAUGUGGGAGACCUGAUCAUAGAUAUCUUAUAUACACUAGAUAGUGCAUCUAUUUAUUUUGCAAUUCAAAAAUUGAAGCCGUGAUUGCGGACUCAGGAUAUUCCCACGAAAUGAGAAGACUCGUAUGUUUUCUAUUUCUUAAACAGGGAACUUAAACAUUAAGUUAAACCUAUUCCAAAUACAUUUUCAAACUAUUCAAAUGUUGAAAGUUAUUGUUGUUUUUUAAGCGUUUAUUAGCGAGUGGGAAACACCAACAUGGCCGCCAUCUAUACAAAUGGGGGUAACCGCUGGAAUAUUCUUGGCUUCAAUUUUACUAAAAGAGAUGCGCUAUCUAUGGACAGAACGAGCUCGUAAAAUCUAACUAAUAACAAUUUCUCUGUCAUUUAGGAUUUACUCGCAUUGAUAGAAAAUGCAGUUGAACCGUUAUUACUUUCAAUGCAAAAGAGAAUGGAAGAAAUUGUUUACAAAAUUCACUCGGAAGAUUUUUCAAAGUAAGGUUUUGCAAUCUGUUAUAAAAAUUCUUCAGCAGCAGAUGGUGGUCAGCCGGCUGUUAUCAGACUGAAAAAAUUCUUUGCGGAAAGAUAUUUAACUUUUUUUUGUCCUUUGUAGCGUUCAGCUUUCUGUGAAUAUCUCUGAUACCCCUGAAGCACCAUGUUCAUCCUAUAUUAAUGAAUUACAGGUAUUACUUUCAUGUUGGAUUUCGAUAUCUAUCUAGAGAUUCUAAGCCCAGUUUUUAAAACCUUGUAUUCCUUACUGGUUAUGGUUUUACAGUUAGCCCAGGCCUAGGCUAUACUAAUAAUCACUUUGGUAAAUCGUAUUUCCUGUACCAUGAGUUAGUAAUCUCUCAUUCUUUCUUAAUUCUUAAACUAGGAUUUCAUAACUCAUGUGAACAGAAACGUGCUGUCUUUAUACAAUUGUGGCGACUUUCUUGUCAACAGGUAUUGUGUAUUUCUGAGGCAUGAGCGGACAUAGACUUACCUACCAUAGACAACGUUGCCAUUGGUGAAAGUAUGACUGAUUAAGUUUGUCUUUUUCUUUCUAGACUCAAUUUUAUGGCAGCGCGUGUUUUGCACGUGUUUGUUCGUCAUGUGAGUUUGUUGAGAAAUUUGGGCGAAGGAGGAAAGUUGAGACUGGCUGCUGACAUGGCACAGGUGAGGGGGUCUUUUAGUUUAAGGAAGGGAGGGAUUUUGAGAGGGGUGUAGGGAGAGAGGGGGGAGGGAGGGAGGACUGGAAGGAAGGAAAGUUGAGACUGGCUGCUGACAUGGCACAGGUGAGGGGGAUCUUUUAGUUUAAAGAAGGAAGGGAUUUUGAGAGGGGUGUAGGGAGGGGAGGGAGGAAGGAGGGAGGAAGGAAAAGAGUAAGGGAAGCAGGAUGGAAGGGAUGAAAGAAAGAAAGAAAGAAAGAAAGAAAGAAAGAAAGAAAGAAAGAAAGAAAGAAAGAAAGAAAGAAAGAAAGAAAGAAAGAAAGAAAGAAAGAAAGAAAGAAAGAAAGGAGAGAUGGGGAAAGGUAGAAUGAAAGGAAGGAAGUAUUGAAAGAAAAAAUGAAGAGAGAGAGAAAAUAGAAGAAGAAAACGAAGAAGAACAGUGGACAGAAGGAUGGAAGGAAUUUGAUAUCUCUCUUUCCAUUCUUAGGUUGAAUUUGCCGUCGGACCUCUAUGUCGUCGUGUCUCAGACUUGGGAAAAUCUUAUAAACUACUUAGAUCUUUCAGGUGAGAAGCAUCCUCCUUUACUGCCUGGAGCAGACCCAUCGAGAGGGGGGCUGGUCAUACUUUACUGCCUGGAGCAGACCCACCAAGGGGGGGGGUCAUACUUUACUGCCUGGAGCAGACCCACCAAGAAGGGGGGUCAUACUUUACUGCUUGGAGCAGACCCACCAAGAGGGGGCACUUUACCCUGAGCCCUGUGGAACCUCUCGGUGGCCCUGACCCGGAGCACCGGGGCUUGCAACACUUCACUAAAACAUGGUAAUUAACAAAUAUCUUUUCUUGUUUAUUCCUAGACCAUUAUUAUUCCAGACAGCAGAAGAUAUUUCUAAUAAUCCCGCUCUGGGUGAAAGUCUACCAUACUCUCUUGUUCUUCAUCAUUUGUUCUCUCAAGGACCUUCAGAUCUCAGGUCACCCCACGAGGUUUGUCUUCAAAUAUUGUAGCUCUGUAAUGACAUCAUAUCAACCGCGAACCUUGCACCAAGAACCAGAAACCUUACCCUAACCAUUACUGUAUUACCAGAACCAGUGAGUUGCCAUCAUAUUGCCACCCUUUUGUUGCUGCAAAAUGCGUGUUUUGUUUUAUUGCCCUAAAUUUCAUGCACUUUACUGAAGCCUAACAAUGCUUUCAUGGUUGCAAAAUUAUUGGAAACGCUUUGUUACACAGUUAUUCAGCCACCGUUCAGCAAAGACUUUCAGAAAUUAUUGGGGAGGGGGGAUGAUCGCCCCCCUGGCCACCAAAAGCCUUACCCUAAUCCUUCCUAAUCUAUCACUACUCUUAUUUAUCCAGGUUAAAGGCUGGUCACUAAACUAUUACAGUCAAUGGCUUGAUGAACACGAAUCUGAAAAGGAAAGAAUGACGCUUAUAAGGUGAAGUUUCGAUUCUUUCCUAUAACCUACCCCAACAACAGUUUUUGUGAUAGUGGUUUGAGCCACAGUAGUUUCAUUCCAAAUAGUUACGACAUGCAGUUCACUGAUGAUAACUUCACUUCAUUCAAUGGACCUAUUCCUUAAUGAACAAAAUUUUGAUCUAGACAAGUCUAGACAGAAAUUUCAUCUCAGCUUGAAAGAGCAUCACAAAAUUAGUAAUAUUCCGAAGUUUCGUUGCGAAAUGUUGUAAAAUGCGGAUAAUAUAGCCUUUUUUCAGAAAGCGGUAUCAAUUUCCCGUGCGUAACACAAAAUGACUGAAAAAUUCCUCCUAGACCAAUAAUAGAUGGUUCUUACUUGGACCUCUUGAGAGAACCUUCUAGAACUGAUAGAGUUACCCAGAAAUUUUCCAUGAAAAUCACGCAUAUUCUUUUUAUUCUAGCGCUGCUCUGGAAACUUAUGUACAGUCGGUGCGUUCUCGUGGCGAGAGAGAGUUUGCGACGGUCUACCCAAUUCUUCUCAAGGUUUUGCAGUCUACAUCAACGUGACCGGUAUCGUGCAAUAAAUAACAGUAACUUUAGUUAGUGAUGGGCAGUCACUGAAGUUUCGGACAGCCAAGUACCUCGUAGUCGAUGCGUGCAUGCACAGUGCGUGGUCAAUGCAUGGUAACUGCAUGGCCACUAGAUUGUCAAUGUAUUGUUGCCACUACAAUAUAUUGACAGGUUGCCCCUUUGUAAUAAAACACAAAUUCAGAUUUAACUUCAUAAAUCGAAAACACAAACUGCUGUAAAACACGAAAUAUUCGAAUAGAACUUGCGCUUGUAAAAUACCGAUAUUUUGUGCGUAAAAUCCAGCAUAACACUGAACUGUGCUUUGCGCGAAGCAACUGUAGCGCGAAGCAUGCCAAAAGAUAGCAAUGUACUGUACAUAUAUACUUUAUGCCAGUCCACCGCCGGCCUACUUGUGAUUCCACGAAUAAAUUAAAUCUCGAAUUAAAUGAAUGCGAAGAUAAGGUUUUUGAUAUUGUUCCCAACAAAUAAAAACUGAACAGGAAAAUGUUUUUUAGACAAAGAAUAUUCACAUAAAGAGAUGUUUAAUAUCAUUUCUAAACCAGUAACAUAACAUGAUAUGGCGGCGAGCGCACUAAUGAACUCAGAUCCUUGUAUAUGUACACUAUAUGUAUUGGAAUGAGGAUUAAAUAUAUAUGUUCUCACGCUUAAAAUGAGGAAAAAUACUUGUUUUUCUAAAGUGCACUUGAAUUUGGGUUGCCAGUUUGACCAAACUGGGCAAUGAUGGCAAGUGCGUCGAAGGGUAGUCAUCCAAAAUUGAAGUGCCGACACCUCAAU